AUGACGCCAAUGUUGUUUGUCGUCCUGCUGAUGAGUAAUGCCUUGCCAGUCUCCGCUCAGUUCAAUGGAUACAACUGUGACGCAAACUUCCACAGCAGGUUUCCUGGUGAGCGGGAUAUCAGUGUGUACUGCGGGGUUCAAACCAUCACCUUAAAGAUCAACUUCUGCCCCGUGCUCUUUUCCGGCUACACCGACGCAGAUUUAGCCCUGAACGGUCGCCACACUGACUCCCAAUGCCGCGGCUUCAUCAACAACAACACCUUCCCCACGGCGGUCCUGUUCAGCAUCAGCCUGAGCACUCUGGAGGCUUGCGGAAACAGCCUGGUGGUCAGCACAGCAUACGGGGCCAACGCUUAUGGGAACAUGUCUCUGGUACAAAUCGGGAAUGUCUCCGGUUAUAUCGACACACCUGACCCUCCCACUAUUAUAAGCUACCUGCCCGGUUUGUUGUAUAAAUUCAGCUGCAGCUACCCGCUGGAAUACCUGGUCAAUAACUCACAGCUGGCAUCCUCCUCUGCUGCCGUAUCCGUCAAGGACAGCAACGGUACAUUUGUGAGCACAUUGAGUUUGAUGCUUUACAACGAUUCAACCUACAACCAACCUCUCUCCAUCCCGAUGGCUGGGCUGGCUCUGAAAACUCGAGUAUUUGCUGCUGUUAAAGCCACAAACUUAGACAAACGGUGGAACAUCUUGAUGGACUACUGUUAUGCGACCCCCUCGGGGAAUCCUAAUGAUGAACUCCGCUAUGACCUUUUCUUUGGCUGCUACAAAGACCCACAGACGACAGUUUUUGAGAAUGGUAAGAGCCAGAUGGGACGCUUUUCCUUCGAGGUUUUCCGCUUUGUCAAACACAGACAUCAAAAGAUGUCCACUGUGUUUUUGCACUGUGUCACCAAGCUGUGCCGCGCAGACGACUGCAUCAUGCUCAUACCGAUCUGCGGUCGACGGCGUAGGCGAGAUGAGAGCCUUGAUUCUCCACCAGCAGCGUCUGGAAACGCCAUCAUCACCGCUGGACCAAUCAUCACCAGAAGUGAUGAAACUCCUGUCAACAACUCCCAACUUGCAUCUGGUUCCCCCUCCCACCAGAUGAACCCUGUGACCAGUUCUCUGAUCUCAGGCGUGGUCAUCCUGGGAGGGGUCAGCGUGGGCUUAGUCCUGCUGUCGGUCCGCCUCCUGAAGAAGUCCCGCCUCACAACAACCACAGCCUCAGGUGUUUGGAACCCCAGCUUUAAAUGAAACAACA